UUGCCGUGGUGACGCGGUACUCACUUCCGGGCGGCGCCGAUUGGCUGCGGGGCGCUGGGAAUGCGGUGGCGUCAGGGCGGGCGCGGUGACGUGCGGCUGCGGGGGGCAGCGGCGGUAGAGCUGCGGGACGGGAGCGGGGCCGUCCUGGGAGAUCGCUUUGGUCCCUGGCUCUCCAUGCUGACAUGGUAACGGAGCGGCGGCUCUCAGCGCCGGGCAGACAGGGACAGCUGCGGAGAGGGGAAUGUUUCAGCUGUAGCUCUUGAAUUAUGUGCUGGAAGUCUGCUGUGUUCUUAGAGACUGAGAUUGGCACAGCAAGGGGCUCGCAGAUUGCUUCGGGCAGCAGGACCUGACAGGCAAGUGAUUUUUAAUCAGGUGUGAUGAUGUUCAAGUGCUUAGGCUAAGAGAUUAUGUGCUGCCAGAACACAGUCUGUCUUGCCCUCACUACGGAAUUUUAGGGGUGUUGGCUUGUUUUGUGGUUUGUAUUGGCUGCCGUGCUGAUAGCCACAGGUCUGUCAGGCUCCGUAGCUGCUUUUGCAAAAGGUGCUGCAGAGAAGUCUCUUUUUUUUUCUAGAACUGUCACUGUUCAGGGAUGCUGCUUGUCACUGCUGCAAUAAUUUUUGAGAUCUGGGAAAGUCUAGACAGGCAGAAAUGAUUUCCAUUGUGAGUACAAACGGGAUUUUUCAGUAGAAGAGCUAUUCUAUUUCUUUAAUAUUAUGCUCUAGGACACACUUGCAUUGGCAGAAUGCCUAGGAAGUUACUUUCCCAAAGCAGGGGUUAGAUAGAGUAUGGUGACUGAUGGCAGUAUGAACCCUGUAGGUCCAGGAAUGAAUGUUUCUGCAUGGAGCACUGCCUGAUGGCAAGGACUGUACAGAGCAGAGCUGGCUUCAGAUGGGUCUUAGUUUCUGGUAGUGCUCAAAAAUUCACUGUUGUAAUCACAGUGUCUGAAAAAUGUCUGUGCUCUCCAAGGGCUUGUGAACAUGAAGUUGUUUGGGAUCAAGUGUGUGCUGGGGUGCUGCCCUGGGGAUCCCCACGACAGACCCUGCUCAAAAGGCAAAGCUGAGGCUGCAGUUUGCAGGGAAUCCUGACCUGGAAAAGGUGUCAAGGUGGAAGCACAAGCCAGAAACACUCGCUUUGCUCCUGCUGCUGGGUCACGCCAGAACUUGUCUUUGGGGCUUGUGAAUAGCAAAGGCCAGAUAAUGCUUGUGUUAGCCAGAAGCAGUGCCCUCGUGCUGUGUUCUUCUGGUUUGCCCCAAUCUGUGAACUGGAACUCUGCAUAGGAAAAAAACAGAACAUGCAAAUUCAACCCACUGUCAUAUGGGAUGAGGUUAGGGAAUGGAUAUGGUGGUUUAUAAGGGCAGAUGACCUUUCUUACUUAAGCUGAUAGGGAAGUUUUGGGGUUUUUCUGGUGAUCUGUUAAGACAAGCGUUGCCCUGAGUCACACUGCUGAUAGUAAAUGUCUCAGUAGGAAAGGUUUUGUCAGGCUGAAGAGGAAACAGGUGAGAUGCAGUCACCCCAGUGGUGCUCGAGUCUUAUCCUGCCUGACAUCUUUUUCUAAUGCAAGUCUCAAUUUCAUCUUAAUGCAAAUCUGAAAUAUGCCUUGCAGUACCUAAAACUGUUUUUUACCUCUGUGUUGAUUUUAUGGAUUUUACCGGAGCUGUGGGACCGUGGAAGCUGUCAACCCUGUGAGGGCUGAUGUUCGGAGACUAAUAUGCAAAAAGUCCGCAGGUUCUCAUGUCUAUGGGGAGGGGUUAUGUUGUGUGACUUAGGGACAUCAGAAAAGAGCUGAUGAUGUGCAUGAGUGUGGGGUUGAAGCUCGGGGGUCCUGGAGGUCCUGGCAGCUCGCUGUGUUGGGCUCGCAGCGGUGCCCAAGAGAUGAGAGUGUUAUGAAAGGUGCUGAUGCUUUGCUCCAGUGUUUUGUUUUUAGGGGCCAAGGCAGAAAUCCAAGCGGUCAGGAGCACGCUGAGGUCCUCUCCUUGGCAGGGGCCACUGAUCCCAUGGCGGCUGAAAACACAGGGAAACCUCCGCUCCUCCCUCGGCUCUUGCUACACAGAGUGUAGCCAAAAAUAGCUAGUGCAACUGGUAGCGUCCAUCUCGGAUAGACACGGAUGAUGCCAGAGCUAUGACAGGGAUUGCAGUCUUGGCACUGAGGGGUGAUCAGUUAUGGAACAACUACAGGAGGAAGUACCUGAGGUCAGGGAAGAGGAGGAGGAAGAGGAAAAGGCAGUGACAGUGCCCAGCGGAGCCUCGGACCCAAGUGCAGGACCAGACAGCUCGCUGCCCUCGAGCAGCUACACCGACCUUUCACAGAGCUCCUCUCCCUCCCUGUCGGACCAACUGCAGAUGGGUUGCGAGGAGACGGCCUCGGGGGCACUGAACGUGGAGUGCAGGGUCUGUGGAGACAAAGCCUCGGGCUUCCACUACGGCGUGCACGCCUGCGAGGGCUGCAAGGGUUUCUUCCGCCGGACGAUCCGCAUGAAGCUGGAGUAUGAGAAGUGUGAGCGGAGCUGCAAGAUCCAGAAGAAGAACCGGAAUAAAUGCCAGUACUGCCGCUUCCAGAAAUGCCUCUCUCUGGGCAUGUCACAUAAUGCGAUUCGCUUUGGCCGCAUGCCGGAGGCGGAGAAGAGGAAGCUGGUAGCAGGGCUGACAGCAAAUGAAAUCAGCUGCCAGAACCCACAGGUGGCCGACCUGAAAGCUUUCUCCAAGCACAUCUACAACGCCUACCUGAAAAACUUCAACAUGACCAAAAAGAAGGCGAGAGGUAUCUUGACCGGGAAGGCCAGCAGCACCCCACAGCCUUUUGUGAUCCACGACAUGGACACCCUGUGGCAAGCAGAAAAGGGGCUGGUCUGGAAACAGCUGGUGAACGGGAUCCCCCCCUACAAGGAGAUUGGGGUGCACGUCUUCUACCGCUGCCAGUGCACCUCAGUGGAAACUGUGCGGGAGCUCACCGAGUUCGCCAAGAGCAUCCCCAGCUUCAUGGGCCUCUACUUGAAUGACCAAGUGACUCUGCUGAAGUAUGGGGUGCACGAGGCCAUCUUUGCCAUGCUGGCUUCUAUCAUGAACAAGGAUGGGCUGUUGGUGGCCAACGGGAACGGCUUUGUGACCCGCGAGUUCCUGCGGAGCUUGCGCAAGCCCUUCAACGAGAUCAUGGAACCCAAGUUUGAGUUUGCUGUGAAGUUCAACGCACUGGAGCUGGAUGACAGCGACCUGUCUCUGUUUGUGGCUGCCAUUAUCCUGUGCGGAGACCGUCCCGGCCUGAUGAACGUGAAGCAGGUGGAGGAGAUCCAGGACAACAUCCUCCGAGCGCUGGAGUUCCACCUGCAGUCCAACCACCCGGACGCUCAGUACCUCUUCCCCAAGCUGCUGCAGAAGAUGGCCGACCUGCGGCAGCUGGUGACAGAGCACGCCCAGCUGGUGCAGAAGAUCAAGAAGACGGAGACGGAGACCUCUCUGCACCCGCUUCUGCAGGAGAUCUACAAGGACAUGUACUAAGGACCUCUUAUUUAUGAGAAUGAAGCCAUGGAUUCCAAGCGAGACUCUUUGUACAAAAACAAAGGAAACCUUUCCCCAUGUCUUCCAUUUCUUCUACUGGAAACUCUUUUCUACACGACCCCAAUGUACGGUACAUAGGGCGAGGCGCUGUAAGGUUUUGCAGGCACCUCCUUGUAGCUCGGGACUUCAGUUAACACACUAACGAAUUUACAAAGGCAAAUCAUAAGCUACUGUUUCCAUUACUGCAGGGCCUCCAGGGCAGCCAGGUGGUUUACAUGGCAUGGACAGGGGGUUCCUGCAGCGCUCGGGGCCGGUGGGGGCUGCUCUGGUCGCUCAGAGCCCCAAGCGUGGUGCAUUUUCCCUGCGGGGCAGAGGCAGCACUUACAGCAUGUCUUUAUUUCUUUGUCAUAUUGCACUCUGAAGAUGUAGUCCUGAGCUGUGAAGUUUAGGAUGGUGGCACAACAGGAAGUUUUUCUCUUUCCCAAAGAAAAGCCAGCGUAUUUGAAGACAUGUAUGGCUAUCCUAGCAGAGAGCCUCAGCUGCAGCCCCCCUCACUGUGCUCCCAGUGCCCCCAUAUCAGGGGAACCUGCCCCUUAGCUCCUCUGUGUCAAAGAGGGGAGGGAAGGAGUUGACUCAAGAAUUCACCUUUGGAGCAGAGGCUCAAGAUCCAUUUGCUUCCCCAGGCCAUUCUGCACAGCUAUGAGUUCCAGAAAGGUCUGCACAGGGCAGGUUUGGGAUGAGGUGGCUGUGCUGGGCUCCCUGUGGGCACCAGAGCAAGCAAAGCCUUCAGCAGCACCAGCAUGGGCAAAGUCACAGCCAGCCCACAGAGCCUGGGGUGCUCUGGCGUUCAUGGGGCCAUGGGGAGGGAGCACGUGCCCGGCUGGAAGGUUCUGCAGAAGGGAUCCAGUGAUCCAUGGCACCAGCAGAGCAGCCCUGCAGGGGGGAACAGCAGCACUGGGGAGAGCAGGAGAUCACUGCACCCUGACCUGGUGUUGCUGCCACCAAAGUGCAUGGCUUUCGCCCCUCUGCUUUUGGCUGUGCCUCAGUUUCCCCCUCCAGGAAAAGGAGCCAGGCUGCCCUUUGCUCGGAGAGGGGAAAUGAGGAUCCAUCAGUGCAUCAGCUUUGCAGCUGUAAAACGCAGUAUAAACACCAAGUAUUCAUAAGAGAGAGGGAUGCUCACUCUGAGCUGCCAGGGAGACUUCCCCUGCCCUCCUCCACCCGUGCCGAGCUUGGGGACAGCUUUGGGUUCUGGGCUUCCCCUCCGUGCUGCUGGGCUGGUGGUCCCACGCCUGCUGCUGCCCUCCUGCUCCUCGCUGUGCCUCGGUUUCCCCACCCUCACCUCCCAUCCCUACCUCGCAGGGCUGUUAAGGAGUUACCAUUUCUAAAGCACUUUGAAGUCCCCUGGGGAAGGCACCGGAGAUGCGCAUUGCUCCCAGCACGGGGGUCUGUCCCCAAAGCCCCCGGUGGUCCCAGCUCGGUGACACCCCCAGGGCACAUGGACUCCUGUGUAGGUCACCUGGGGGACUUUUCGCUCUUCCCUUCAGUGUAACAACCCUGGAACUGAAAUGUAUAUUUUUGCUAGAAGUACAAACCUCCAAGUGUUUUUAAUAAUAUAAAUAGCGUCCGCAAACUGACUUGACUUCAAAUAAAUCCGAGCUAAAUAUUUA